AAACUUUUUUACAUCCAAUCCGAAGCAAACAUCCAUUCCCUCAGGCAGUCAGCUAUAAAUAUGAAUGUAAAUGAUACAAUUGAACGCUGUGAAAACAGACUCUCUUUUUUGAGUAACAAAAUCUCAGAAUCAGCAAAGACCAUUCAAGCAGUCAAGCUCUCAUCUGAAAACACUAAGAAAUCACUUCAAAGUCAAAUGCAGCAACUGAAAGACUCAUUUGAACGACUGUUGAAUAAAAAUUACGAAAGUAUUUGUGCAACCAUUGAUGACACAGUGCAAAAAGAUUUGGCAUAUUUGCAAGAAAUUGAAGCAAGUUUGCAAAAAGAUGUUGAAAAAGUCAAAACAUUAAUUGAAAAAGCAAAAGACUUAAAGGUGGAGAAUGAUCCAUCUUUGACUCACAUAAAUAAAUCAUUGUCUGAGAUUGGCAGGGGCACAGUGGAAUCUCCAAUUGUUUCUUUGUCAUUUUCAUCCAAAGUAAAUGAAGCAGCUGUGGCAUCUGUUGAAGAGAAAGCAUGUGACCUUUUAAAAUUAAACAUGACUGGAGCUGUUCAGAUUAUUGAAUGUUUGGAACGACCUGGCGCAAUUAUUGUUCGAUGGGAUGAGCGACAGUGUUCAGAUUCCGAAUCAAUCACAACAGAUGCAAGCACCUUGACAGAGUUUAUUCUACAAUAUAGCGAGGAAAACAACAGUGAUGGAGAGUGUGUUUAUAACACUAUCUACGAGGGAGAUGAUAUGCAGUUCACAAUGAAAUUUGCGGAACCAAACAAAAUCUAUACAUUUCGAGUAUGCCAUUAUUAUACGAGUGCGUCUGGUGGAGGAGGUGCAUGUGGAGCAUGGAGCAUGACAAGAAAGGCUUUCACUACAUUAUCCCCUCACGUGUGGCGCCAAGAUGACUGUACAACAGAUAGUGAUCUGACGUUGUACCAACUUAGCAACAGAGAUAGAACAGCAACAAAAGUUUUUCCCGAAAGCUCGAGAAUAUUGCGAUCCAGAGAUGCCAGUUAUCUUUUGGGCCAACAACUGACAUUUUAUAUUGAAGAAACGGGAGAAAGUAGCUUGAACGACGCCAUAGGAUUUAUCUCUCAAGAUAAACAGAUUCUUAAACAUCUUACACAGUCUGAACAUGCGGCUAUCUUGAAUACGAAAGGAACUAUAUACAUUAACGGGUUGCCAAUGGUCACUAAGUUUCCUGCUAUUAAAAGGAACAGUGUUAUAGUUUUUCAUGCAAGCCGGCAAAGCGAAGGUAAACUUCGAAUUUCGAUAUCAAUAGAUGACAAAGAAGUCACUUUUGAUUGGUCUACUUCAACCAAUGAAAAAGAUGCGUUGUAUUUUGCAUGUGGUUUUGAGCAUACUGGUUGGCAAUUAAGUGUUGGAUAACGGUUUAAACGUUUUAGUUUGAUAGCUAACUGUUAUUGGUUUUAACACGUCAGAAAUGUUCUACAAGGCACGUGAACACACUAAAAAGUUGACAUAUAUAAUACACGUUACAGAUGUUAGAAGCGAGAGCCAAACUCUAGAAAUAUUUUUUUUCGUUUAGUUAAUUUAUUUUUCACCAUUGUACACCGAUCUAUAGAAAAUAAAGCAGGAGGAAAUAA